AUGUGCACUACAACUGCACCAAGGAAGAAGAGAACCUACUAUUCAAUGAGCGAUACUUCAAGGUAUCAGUUGAAAUGCUUGAUAUGCAUUGCCAAAGCAAUUUUUCCUGACAAGAAUCCAAAUGAUCUAAACGAUUUGUUCGAUAUUGCCGAAUGUUUAAAUAUUGAAUUACCAGAAGGCAAUAAAGGAUUUGAUGAUAAUGGAAGGCAUGAUGUGGAAAGUUUUACAGACGUUUCAAGGUUACAGGAUGGCGAAAUGGACGAAAGUAUUGAUCAUACAAAUCAAGUACACAACAAAACAAGCUCUUUGGUUCUGAAGCCGGUUACCACAGAUCGAAAUGAAAAUGCUUCCUCUUAUGGAUUAGAAGGAACACUGGGAUUACUAAAAGCUCUUCUUGGAAUCACUGCGAAGGUACCAGAAAACGCUUAUAAAGAAGACGACGAACUUCUUAACCAGAAACUUGAAAAAGCUUCACCAAUUAAUGUUAAUAUUGAAACAAUUCUGGAAUUGUUUCAGGCUCGGAAUUUUCAUCCGUCAUCUUUAAUAUCGAAAUCUGAUGCUGAUUAUUAUGUGAACUUUUUUUUUGAAAACGUCCAUCCUGGAUAUUUUAUUUUCGAGGAACAAGAGUUUAGGAGGAAACAUGAUUGUUUUUUUAGAGAUAUUGGCUCAUAUAAACCAUGCGAUAGUGUGACAGUCAUUACCAAUGAGCAAAUAUGUUGCAUCUACAUGGUUUGGAUCUUGGGGAAAGAAUUUAGCCUCUCAAUACAAAAAGAUAUUUCGGACAACAUUCUAAAUCUGUGUCUCAGUGUUGUAAGGCUUUUACUAGGCGAUAUUAUCAUACAUCCUUCGCUAGAAGGGAUAAGACUGGUUUAUCUUAUUGCCUUGUACUUUGAAUCACAGAAGAAGAGGGAAACUUCAUGGCAGUUAUUUGAGUUAGCUUCUCAACAAUGUAUUAGCUUGCGAUUUCAUCGGCAAGCUGCCAUUUCGAGUUAUCCUGAGAAUAUUCAAGAUGAGAUUAAAGUUGUCUGGUGGUCAAUUUUUCGAAUUCAAAUGAAUAUCAAUUCUUCAUUGGGUAGAGCUCCGUCAGUCCCAAUUGAAACCAUAGAUAUUGGCUUACCAAGCCUCAUUACGAUAAAAGAUGAAUUGUUUAGAGAUUAUUUUGCGUCCUCAGUCGGCUUAUUCAAAAUAAUGUAUAAAAUUCUAAAUCUAAGAAGGAAUUUAUAUAUUAGCAAUGAACCGCUAAGCAUUGGUAACAUUGAUAGUCUAACCCAAAUCAAGAUGGAAUUAAGUAAAUGGUUUAGUGGAUUGAGCCAAUUGUUGAAAGAAUAUUGGGUAAUGAGGCCGGUAAAAAGGUACCAGUUGAAGUUGCAUCUACAAUAUCAUUAUCUUUGCAUAACAUUAACAUUGCCGUACUUAUUGUACAUAUCAAAAAGUUUGAAAGAGGUAGAGUUAGCAAAUUAUCAGAAUUUGAUCGAAAGCUUAUGUCAAGGGAUUAAAGCAGCAGAAACUAUAUGUGAUGUGAUCUAUUAUUCUGAAAAGAGUGGACAGUUCAACGGAUUGUUACAUUAUGAUAUGUUUUAUGGCUAUAAUGCAAUGAUGGUUUUAAUAUUGACUUAUGUAUUAAUCCACGACCAAACUGGUUCAACUCACCAAUAUCGGUCGAAUUGCACCUACUUCAGAAAAACUUUAAGCGAUUUUGGUAUUGACCGAUCAUCCAAUUUACGGGCCAUUCAUCGAAUGCAUCUUGUGAACGUUAAGCAUUCUAGCCAUGUAGAAGGCUUGAUGAAAGAGGCAUGCGAGAAUAUAAAGUUUAUGAUAAAGCGGUUUGGUCUCCUAAAGGUUUUAAAUACCAAAUAUGGUUCGCCCAGAAAUGAGACUUGCAAUUCUUCUUUAUCUGCUGAUACAGAUGAUGAUGACAAUAAGUUUGUUCCACUUUCUCCCAGCAAUUCUUCUAUUUAUGGACUUAAUUUAUUUGUGAAGGAUACCGAAAAUCAGGAAUGUGACCUUUUCCUGUUCGGCUACAGUGAUUUUGAGUUAUCGUCAAUCAUUUUUAAUGAGAACUUUCGUUCUCACCUGGAACAGGAAUAG